AGCCCUGCCCAAAGGGUUAGUUGGUUACUAAGGGGUUAAAAAUACAAUGGAGAAGUAUGAAAGACUAGAAAAGAUUGGAGAGGGUACGUAUGGUACUGUGUUUAAAGCCAAAGAGAAGGAAAGUGGAGAAAUAGUAGCUUUGAAAAUAGUUCGACUAGAUGAAGAUGAUGAAGGUGUCCCUAGUGCUGCUUUAAGAGAGAUUUGUCUUCUAAAAGAACUGAAACAUAAGAAUAUUGUUCGGUUAACUGAUGUCCUUCAUAAAAACCUUAAACUAACGAUGGUUUUUGAGUACAUUGAUCAGGAUUUAAAGAAAUAUUUUGAUGUAUCUGGUGGUAUCAUAUCACCGCAAGUAGUUCAGUCUUUCUUCUUCCAAUUGCUCCAGGGACUUGCUUUCUGUCACUACAAUAAUAUACUUCAUCGUGACUUGAAGCCACAGAAUAUCCUCAUUAGUAAAAAAGGUGAUUUGAAAUUAGCUGAUUUCGGUUUAGCUAGAGCAUUUGGUAUUCCCGUUAGACUAUUCUCAGCUGAGGUAGUCACACUUUGGUAUCGCCCCCCUGAUGUAUUGAUGGGUGCUCAAGUAUACAACACCUCCAUUGACAUGUGGUCAGCAGGGACCAUAUUUGCUGAAUUAGCCAAUGCUGGUCGACCCUUAUUCCCUGGCAGUGACGUUGAUGAACAAUUAAAGAGAAUAUUUAAGUUGGUCGGUACACCCACAGAGAGGUCGUGGCCUGGUCUAACUAAACUUCCAGAGUUUAAGGAGUUCCCGCCAUAUCCUCCAGCAUGUAUUGAGUCAGUAGUGCCAGCACUGAACGAUGCCGGAGUGGACUUACUGCAGCGUCACUUGAUAUGUCACCCAACUGAGAGGAUAUCAGCAGAAGAGGCAAUGAGACAUGAGUACUUUGCUGAUAUUGAUCCAUCACUGAGAGCUUGAUGUGCAUAGAGGGAGGAUGGAGCUGCUUUCUUUCACAACAUUGAUCACAUGAUACAUGUAUUUUGAACUUAUUUUAUUUUCAUCAUUCCUCUUUACCUUCUUUCACUAAUGGACAGUUGAAUCAAUAUUUUUUGCCCUCUAACUAUAA